AUGACACAUAGUUAUAAAACUGCAACAGGCGCCAAAAAAUUCUCAGUAAGCAAAUUUAAAUAUGACGAAAAAUUAGAAAAGUUUUUUAUAAAAUUAUCAAAUAGUACCAGACCAUCUAUAGUAUCACCUAUUGUACCAAAGGUAUUAUACUUUUUAUUGUUUUAUUUAUUUGGAGGUCAAAGAUCGUUUGUGCCAUUGUUUUUUAGACAAAUCGGUGUAGAUCCAAAGAUUUUGGGUUUCAUCUUAUUGUUCCCACCUUUUAUAUCUUUUAUAUUCUCGCCAAUAUGGUCUGGUAUAGCAGACACACAUAAUGCACAUAAAAAAGUUUUCUUUUCAAUGAUAGUCGGUACUGGGUUCUGUUUUUUCCUGUUAAAUUUUAUUACCAACAAAUUUAUAGUAACUUUUAUAGUGUUUCUAAAUGCAGUUUUCUGGGCUCCAAUUAUCCCAUUAGCAGAUUCAACUACAUAUAAGAUAUUGGGUGAGCCUUAUAAAGAGCUCUAUGGUAAACAGCGUUUAUAUGGCAGUGUUGGUUUUAGUGUUAGUGCCUUUUUUACAGGUCUUUUAAUGUCGCAAUUCGACACAGUAAAUGUAGCCUGGGUAAAUUAUCCGAUCGCAGCCACCGUACUCUUAAUAUUCACCUUAUUCUUCUUUAAUAAUAAACCAAUAGCGAAUGUUUAUUUAAGUUUAAAUAAUGGCACCAAUACCGAUGAGGAGCAAGAAAAUUCAAAUUUAACAACAGCUGCAGCAACAACUACAACAAAUAAUGACCAAAGUGAUAAUACAGACGGUUCUAAUAGCGACAAUGAGGUAGAGUUGGAAGAAGGAUACAGCAGCAGUACAAUAUCAUUUAAUACACCAUCAUCGAUAUUACUAUCACCAAAUAUGGGAAAUGAUGAAUAUGAAGAAGAGUUAUUAGACCAAGAUAAUAAAGAUUUUUUAAAUGAUAAUACGAGUAUCGAUAUGAAGAUUAAAAAAGAAGAAAUUAAAAUUGCAAUUCCUGAAAUACAGGAAAAAAUCCCAUUCAUUAAAGGCGUCGGUAUAUUGGUUUCAAAUUCAAAAAUUUUAAUCGUUUUAUUCAAUUCUGUAAUUAUUGCAUGUGGUAUGAGUGUUUGCAACAACUAUUUGGCGUUAGCAAUCACCGAUAAAAAAUAUUUCGAUGGUCCAUACGUUUUGGUUGGUAUUGGUUCAAUUUUAAAUGUAACUUUUGAGGUUAUAUUUUUCUUUUUCGGUAAACAAUUAUUAAAUAAAAUUGGAAUUUUUAGAUUGGUUUGUAUUUCACAUGUCGCAGUUAUUAUACGUGUUAUUGCUUAUUGCAUUAUUUUAACUAUGCGUUGGAGUGCUUGGUCAAUUGUACCAGUUGAAUUAUUACAUGGUAUUUGUUUUGCUUCAAUUUGGAAUUCUGGUAGUACAAUUAUUAAUAAUAAUUCACCACCUGGUUUGUCUGCUACUGGCCAAAGUUUAUUCUUUGGUAUUUAUAUGGGUGUAGGCACUGGUUUAGGUGCUUUAUUUGGAGGUUAUUUAUAUUCAGACUAUGGCGCAAUUACAAUGUUUCAAUUUGUAGCAGCAAUUGUUACUUUUGGAUUAAUUGUUUUUUUAAUAACAGAGUUUUUAUUGAAUCAAAGAUUAAAUAGUAAAAAUAAUAUUAAAAACAACAAUAAAAAUAAUAAUAAAAAUAAUAGUAAUAAUAAAAGUAAUAAUAAUAACGAUAUAAUAAAAGGUGAAGAUAUUACCACUGAUGAUGGCGAAGAUUUUAGCGGAAAAACCAACAGCAGCGGUAAAAGCAAUCUAAACAAAAAAGAAAUCGAUAUCAAUAAUAAUUUAAUAACAAAAAAUAAAAGUUUAGAUAAUAUAAUACUGUCCAAAACUAUAGAGUUGGGUGAUGGCGAAUAUAAUGACGAACAAGAAAGUCUUAAAUUUAAUCGAUUACUAAAAGAACAGUUAGAAAGAGAAAGAGAAAGAGAUAAAGAACAAAAAUUACUAGAAGAAGAAGAUGCCACCUAUAACCAAUUAGAUGCACUUAAUAAAGAUAUUGAAAUAAAAGAAAUAAGUUAUAAUUAG